AUGGAGCGCCUGCGCAAGGUUUUGCCUGAAACUCCUCCCACAUCACCGCCUGUUGGAUUCGCCGGUCAAAAUGGCUUCAGCACACCACUCUUCCCACAGCAGCCGAAUAUUCUGUACAUCAUGGCGGAUCAGCUUGCGGCACCUCAAUUGAAGAUCUACAACAAGGACUCGCAAAUCAAGACUCCAAAUCUCGACAAGCUCGCCGAGCGAUCAGUCGUGUUCGACUCUGCAUACUGCAACUCUCCACUCUGCGCUCCAAGCCGCAUGGCCAUGAUCACCGGCCAACUCCCAUCGAAGAUUGGCGCAUACGACAACGCCUCACCAAUUGCGGAAGACACACCCACAUAUGCGCACUACCUGCGCAAUGCAGGCUAUGAGUGUGUGCUCGGCGGCAAGAUGCACUUCAUUGGCGACCAACUUCACGGAUACGAGUACCGCCUGACUGCAGACAUCUACCCAGCAGAUCUCGGCUGGUCAGUCAACUGGGACGAACCAGACACUCGGCUCGAAUGGUACCACAACAGCUCUUCGAUCCUGCAGGCUGGUCCUUGCAUUCGAAGCAACCAGCUCGACUACGAUGAGGAGGUCAUGUACAAGGCCAAGCAGUUCCUCUACGAUCACGUCCGCAAGCCACAAGGCAGCCGCCCAUUCUGCUUGACCGUCUCCCUUACCCACCCACACGACCCAUACACAAUCGAGCACAAGUACUGGGACAUGUACGAGGAUGUGGAAAUCGACAUGCCCAAGGUCCAGCUUCCGAAAGACCAGCUCGACCCACACAGCAAGCGUCUGCAACACGUAUGCGAUCUCGAGGACUACAAUUUCACCGACGACCAGAUCAAGCGUGCCAAGCGUGCAUACUAUGGAUCGGUCAGCUACGUUGAUGACAACAUCGGCAAGCUCAUGGAGACGCUGAAGCAAUGUGGUCUGGAUGACAACACCAUUGUCAUCUUCUCCGGCGACCACGGCGACAUGCUCGGCGAGCGCGGCCUGUGGUACAAGAUGUCCUACUUCGAGUCCUCUGUCCGUGUUCCCAUGCUCUUCAGCUACCCCAAGCAGUGGGCACCUCAUCGCGUCCCUCACAGCGUCAGCACGCUCGACAUCCUCCCAACACUCGUCGAUAUUGCCGGCUCCCAGCUCAUGCCCGGUCUGCCCAUGGACGGCGUCUCUAUCGUGCCUCAUCUCAAGGGUGUCGACACGCACGACAACGUCUUCGCCGAGUACAUGGGCGAAGGCACCAUCGCUCCGAUGAUGAUGAUCCGUCGCGGACCAUGGAAAUACAUCACCUGUCCCGCCGACCCAGACCAGCUCUACAACCUCUCCGACGAUCCCAGCGAGCUCACCAACCUCGCCACCUCCACCGACGCCGCGACCAAGAAAGUCUAUGAAGAGUUCGUGUCCGAGGCCAAGGCGAAAUGGGACAUGGACGCCAUCACCAAGGACUGCGUGCGUCGUCAACGCCAGCGCCGUCUCUGCCAGUCUGCGCUGAAGGAGGGCAAGUGGACGAGCUGGGACUACCAGGUGCCGGACAACAGUCAGGACAAGUACAUCCGCAGCCACAUGGAUCUCGACGAUCUCGAGCGGCGAGCGCGCUUCCCGAUUGUGGAUGCGUAUGGCAAUAUCAAGGUCACUCCGACUGUUGUUGGCAAGGAGGGUGUCCUCGCCAUCCCUCACCAGGCCGGUGCCAAUCACCAGUGA